AUGACGCUGCUCUUCGCUGAGGGAUCCAAGACCACUGAACUAUCGGACGAACGACUGCGCGAGAUCGUGCGCGAGACACUGCAGAAGCUCGAGACGCAGCGCGGCACCAAGUUUGAGAAGGCAGUGAUCGUUCCCCCGGACUUCACGCGCUUCCACUCGAAGUCCGGUGUGCUAUCACAAUAUGCGUACGAGUAUUUGCAAGACAAAGUGACGGACGUGCUGCCUGCUCUGGGAACACAUGACGCCAUGACCGACGAGGAGAUCAGCAAGAUGUUUGGCGAUAUUCCGAAAAAUCUCUUCCGUGUCCACGACUGGCGAAACGACGUGGUAACCAUCGGUCAGGUGCCCGCGGAGCUCAUUCAGAAGGCCAGCGAUGGCAAAGUGAACGAGCCGUGGCCAGCUCAAAUCAACAGACUGCUAUGGGAAGGUGGCCAUGAUCUGGUGCUCUCCAUCGGUCAAGUUGUUCCGCACGAGGUCAUGGGAAUGGCCAAUUUCAACAAGAACAUUUUCGUUGGCACUGGCGGAAGCGAAGGCAUCAACUUCUCGCAUUUCAUUGGCGCUGUGUACGGCAUGGAACGGAUGAUGGGGCGUGCCGACAACCCGCUGCGUCGUAUCCUGAAUUACGCGUCCACCAACUUCCUUCAAAAGCUGCCUCUCAUCUACAUUCAAACAGUCAUCGGACGCGGAGAAAGCGGCAACCUCGUGACGCGCGGAGUGUUUAUCGGAGACGACGAGGAAUGCUUCAUGAAGGCUGCUGAGUUGUCACUGGAAGUCAAUUUUGAGCUUCUGGCUGCCCCAAUUGACAAGGUGGUGGUGUAUCUGGACCCGGAGGAGUUCAAGUCCACCUGGCUUGGUAACAAAUCCAUCUACCGCACACGGAUGGCAAUUGCGGACGACGGUGAGCUUAUUGUGCUUGCCCCCGGUGUGGCUCGCUUCGGCGAGGACAAGCGUAUCGACGAGCUAAUCCGGAAAUAUGGCUAUCGUACGACACCGGAAGUGCUUGCCCACCUUAACGCCAACCGUGACCUGAUGAAGAACCUGAGUGCAGCAGCUCACUUGAUCCACGGUUCAUCUGAGGGCCGAUUCCGCAUCACGUACUGCCCUGGACAUCUAACGAAGGAGGAAGUUGAAGGUGUGGGCUUUGGCUAUGGAAAUCUGCAGGAAAUGAGCGCAAAGUAUCCUGUGGACAAACUUCAGGAUGGGUGGAAUGUCGACGCAGAUGGCGAGAGAUUCUUCUACAUCUCCAACCCUGCGCUAGGUCUCUGGGCUUAUCGUGGCCGGUUCGAGGGCACUCCAACUGAUGCCACUUCAACCUCUGCUAGUGCCACAUCGACGCACCUUUCGGCUGCUGCGGACACGACUGAAGCCUGUCUUGAUGCUGGUGUGGGCGGUGGUCCCUUCAAGCACUCAUAA